AUGUGUGGCGAUGUUGGUUGCUUCCUUUCUGAUGAUGAGGAUGCUCAAACGGGCCAAGUCACUCGAGUUGCGGAAAUAUCUGUGAUGACUGCAGUGGUUGAGAGUAGACGGAAAGGAAUUGCGAGGGAAGCGGAAUAUAUGUUUGCUUUCCUCCGCUGA